UGGGGUUCACGUGACGCGUAUCAGCGGCUUCCGGAUAGGAAUACAUUUCCCUAAAUGACACGACAAUAAUUUCAUCGAUUGUAAAACACCAGGACAAAAUGAAAGUAAACCAACUGCUUUCAAAAUGAAAGUCAACCGAAAGUCCGCCUACAUAUCGAAAAUAAAGGUGUAACGCCGCCUUUCUGCACGAUGGGAAAAUGACAACUACACUGAUUACGAAUCAUUUGGCUUAGAAUAUUGCUUAAAACUGAAAGUCCUGCACAGAAAUCCCAUACUUUGUUUUGACCACCAACCGCUCUCCACUUCGAUAAUGGCUGAUUCUGAAACUUCUCGAAGUGAGUACCGACCUUUGCUUCACCAAGACACAGGGAACGGGUAUGGAAGAAACCCGACUUAUAUGACCUACAGAGAACCACGGGCAUACAAACAUUGGCCGUGGUUUGUCUGGUUUCUGCUGAGGUUCAUCGGUCUGUUUAACAGCCGGCAUAUUGUGGCGACUAGAAGGUGUCAUAUCUGCCGUCUGACCGCAGAUUUGGAAGAGGGAUGUUCGGAGAGCGACGUGUGCCGAAACCUGGCAGUCAAUAGCGACCCUGAUUUUCGAAGUGGAUGUGCGGUUUGUCGAAGUGAGUGGAGCAACGGCAGCGAAAGAUACCGACCUUACUCGGAGACUGAUAUUGGUGUGGCUAAGUGGAACCAUCGUGGAAGCACCAUACUCUCUAUAGUCUGGCACUUCAUACUAAUCAUCCUCAUCACGUACGACUUCCUUUGGUACAUGAUCAACUACUGGGGAAAAGAGGACCAAAUCAUUCGCCUCAUCAGCUAUUCCGUCUUUUUACUCUCGAUCAUAGUCACACCAGUUUUGAGUCUCACAGCAAAUGUCUGUAACAUCGUGAUGAACUACACGAACCCCAGACUGAGCCAGGAUCUUGGUUUUACCUGGUACCACGCCCUAAGUAUACGGUAUAUUGUUAGACGCCUUCAGCACUUGCAGUUGGGCGAGAGUGGCCUUCCGUAUAAAGCAUUCCUUGGGCUGUGUUUAGUCUGGCCAAGUGUAAACGGGAUAUUUCGUAUUGUGCUUUACUUCGCCAUAGUCAAACGGAACUUUCAAGAUGAGGUUCAUGUUCUCAUUAGUCUGCAUGUCUGUAUGCUUGGAAUGGUGGUGUUUGGAGCCUUUUGUUAUAUCAUGCUCCUCCUUAGGCUUUCAUUCCAGAAUCAGAUUCGACACAAGUUAGCUUUCUUAAGGUGCCAUGUUGGAGCUGUCGAUGUCUGUAGGCGAAGCGUGGUAUCCUACGCAGCGGAGCUCGGUAGCAUAUUCAGGCUCGUCUCGGUGUGGAUCCUAUUCAUGCUUGCUGUCUCCACAUGGGCAAUCACAACCCAAGUGUGCUGGGACUAUGCCCCGAAAGGCAAAGCUUCAACCCCCUCUCAAAGAGACGUCAAGAUCAUGAUCAUCCUCAAGACACUUAUAUGGUCAGAGCAUACCAUGUUUAUUCUCCUACCUAUCGUGGCGGUAGGUGGGAUAGAUCUGAACCGAAUAUGGGUGCAGUACACACGCAGUAUCAGUAAGUUGAGAAGCGAGGAGUACGGUGACUUUUGGGAUAAGAUUAUUAAGUUCUGUAAAGAACAAAGUCCCGUCACCCGAGUCAAGGCCGUCACGCUGAUGUUCUCUGCUUUGGGGCUCUUCCUUGGGUUGAAACUCACCGAUCAAAACAUUGCUUUCUGGUCCCAUACCCACAAACCAGUCGUACUCUUUCCGAGUAUCCCCUAUAAUACAAGUUCGGUUGGUUGAAAAACUGCAUGAUGAUAUCCAUUAAACUGUGUACUUGGGGUCAAAGGAUGGUUACGAUGUUUCAAAACUGAACAUUAAACAUUUUAAAGUCAAACUAUUCUACCUGCUUGAAGUUCGCCCUCUUCGGGAAACUGUUUCAUAUUUUAAAUAUAUGAUAUGUACAAUAAAACUUAAAAUAGUUUCUGUUUAAAAGCACUGAACAUAUUGGUAAUUGUAAAAGACCAGUAUUUUGACUUGGUGUAUCUUAACAUACGCUUAAUAUC